AGCAGGCCGACCCAGAACGGAUGCUUAAUGUGCUUGUGAAGGAGAAAUCUCGGCGCGCGGGUACUCGCACUUCCACAGGCAGGGUGUGUUUUCUGCAUAGCCCAUAAAGCUGUCCUCCACCAUCUGUGAAGGCGGCAUUGAUGCUCUGAGGUGUCAGGGGAGUAGACAAAGAAAGGGGCACUUUGUCGGCUUGAACCCACAUCUGCAGUUGCGCUCAGUCACUACACUGGGUGCUUUCAUUAGUCUUUUAAUGACAGUGCUUUGAACCAAGUCUUUGUGCACUUAACUGAAGAUGUUGUUAGGCAGAACAUCUCAUGAUUGUUGAAAAUUUUUGACAGUAUUUUGGGUUUAAAUCCCUGUACUCCACCUGUCUUGUCAGAUAUGUAUUGCUGUAAUGUCCUGUAGCGGGUUUGUGUGUGUGUGUGUGUGUUCUGUUAAAAUUUUCUAUCUCUUGCAUUUGAAAAUGUGGAAUUAUUUUUUGGGAAGGAAUGCAGACAGGUCAGCACGUGAGGUUUUUUCCUGGCCCAGUUGGCGAUCUGCUUGGAGAAGUGGCGUGGGGGAGGGGUUGCCUUGUCUGCCCUGGCACCUGGCUUCACAGCAUCACUGUGUGGUUGAAGGGGACGAGGGGCCGGAAGUCAGCAGGUGCGUUCUCUCUGGUCUCUUGCAGCCCAAGCAGCUCCCGGACAAAUGGCAACAUGACCUGUUCGACAGCGGCUUUGGAGCCGGCACUGGGGGAGGUGGCGCAGGUGUGGAGACGGGCGGCAAACUCCUUGUGUCUAAUCUUGACUUUGGAGUGUCUGAUGCAGAUAUUCAGGAGCUGUUUGCAGAAUUUGGAACGUUAAAGAAAGCCGCAGUACACUACGACAGAUCAGGUCGUAGCUUGGGAACGGCAGAUGUUCACUUUGAAAGAAAAGCCGAUGCACUGAAGGCCAUGAAGCAGUACAACGGGGUUCCACUUGAUGGUCGCCCAAUGAACAUUCAGCUUGUCACUUCGCAAAUUGAUACACAGAGGCGACCCAGCAUGCAAGGUUUAAAUCGAGGAGGUGGAGGAAUGAACAGGAAUCGAGUUGGUUUUGGAGGGAUGAUGAGACGUGGAGGUCGAGGGGGAAGAGGCAGAGGAAAAGGUGGGAGAGGCAACAACAAACAGCAGCUUUCUGCUGAAGAACUGGAUGCGCAGCUUGAUGCCUACAAUGCAAGAAUGGAUACCAGCUAAACCCUCAAAGCACUCCCAACUGCAUCCUUUUCGCCUCUGUCAGUGGUAGACUGGGUGUUUACCAAGUUUUCUGAGUUGUAGAUAUGGGGUGUUUUACAUUGUCAUCUUGUAGUUUUUAAAUUGAUGUAAGGAUCUUAUGUUUUCUCCUUUUUAAAUGUGUUAAAUUUUUGUACUUUUCCAACAAAGAAUUGUAGUAUUUCAAAUAAGAAGUUGUAGUUGCUUUGAUACAUUUUCUCCUUUCAGACCAUUGUAAUAAACCUGCAGUUAAUCCCACA